AUGUAUUUUUCUUCCUUAUGUAAAUUUUUGCCAAUAUCUGAAAAAGAAAAGAUAUAUUUAAAUAUUGUAAAAAAACGCUUUUGUAAAUCAAAUAUAUAUUAUAAUAAUAAUAAUAUUAUUAAUUAUAAUAAGAGAGGUUUAAAAUUUUUUCCUUUUUGUAAUAAUUUAAAAAAAAAUAUAAAUUUUGUAAAUAUUAAUAAUAAGAAGGGAAUAAAUUUUCAUAGUAUAAAUAAAGAAAGAAAAAUGGCAAGCGAAGUACCACAAGUUGUUUCCUUAGAUCCAACAAGUAUUCCUAUUGAAUAUAAUACUCCUAUACAUGAUAUAAAAGUUGAGGUUUAUGAUAUAAAAGGAGGUUGUAAUGUUGAGGAAGGAUUAACUAUUUUCUUAGUUAAUAAUCCUGGUAAAGAAAAUGGGCCAGUUAAAAUUAGCUCAAAAGUGAAUGAUAAAAAUGUGAGCGAAUUUUUAAAAGAUGAAAAUAUGGAAAAAUUUAAUGUUAAAUUAGGAACAUCAAAACAUUUCUACAUGUUUAAUGAAAAUAAAAAUUCAGUUGCUGUUGGUUAUGUAGGAUGUGGAUCAGUUGCUGAUUUAAAUGAAGCUGAUAUGAAAAGAGUUGUAUUAUCAUUAGUCACUAUGUUACAUGAUAAUAAACUUUCUAAAUUAACUGUUGUUUUUGAAAUUAAUGUUGAUAAAAAUUUAUUCCGUUUUUUCUUAGAAACUUUAUUUUAUGAAUAUAUGACCGAUGAAAGGUUCAAAUCUACUGAUAAAAAUGUUAAUAUGGAAUAUAUUAAACAUUUAGGUGUAUACAUAAACAAUGCUGAUACUUAUAAGCAAGAAGUUGAAAAAGCUCGUGUUUAUUAUUUUGGUACUUAUUAUGCUUCUCAACUUAUUGCUGCACCAGCCAACUAUUGUAAUCCUGUAUCUUUAUCUAAUGCAGCUGUAGAGCUAGCUGAAAAAUUAAAUUUAGAAUAUAAAAUUCUAGGAGUAAAAGAACUUGAAGAAUUAAAAAUGGGAGCCUAUUUAUCUGUGGGUAAAGGUAGUAUGUAUCCAAACAAAUUUAUUCAUUUAACAUAUAAAAGCAAAGGAGAUGUCAAAAAAAAAAUUGCAUUAGUAGGAAAAGGUAUUACAUUCGAUUCAGGAGGAUACAACUUAAAAGCUGCUCCAGGAUCUAUGAUAGAUUUAAUGAAAUUUGAUAUGAGUGGAUGUGCAGCCGUUUUAGGUUGUGCUUAUUGUGUAGGUACACUUAAACCAGAAAAUGUGGAAAUUCAUUUUCUAAGUGCGGUUUGUGAAAAUAUGGUCUCUAAAAAUUCUUAUCGUCCAGGGGAUAUUAUUACAGCAUCAAAUGGUAAAACUAUAGAAGUUGGUAAUACAGAUGCUGAAGGAAGAUUAACAUUAGCUGAUGCUUUAGUAUAUGCUGAAAAAUUAGGUGUUGAUUAUAUUGUAGAUAUAGCUACAUUAACAGGUGCUAUGCUAUAUUCAUUAGGUACAAGCUAUGCUGGUGUUUUUGGUAAUAAUGAAGAACUCAUCAAUAAAAUAUUAAACUCUUCAAAAACUUCAAACGAACCAGUCUGGUGGUUACCAAUUAUUAAUGAAUACAGAGCAACAUUAAAUUCAAAAUAUGCUGAUAUUAAUAAUAUCUCAUCAAGUGUUAAAGCUUCAUCUAUUGUGGCCUCAUUAUUUUUAAAAGAAUUUAUUCAAAAUACUGCUUGGGCACAUAUUGAUAUUGCUGGUGUUUCAUGGAAUUUCAAAGCUAGAAAACCAAAAGGUUUUGGUGUGCGUUUAUUGACAGAAUUUGUACUCAAUGACGCUCUAUAA